AAUGGCGUCUGAUUCUGGAGCGUCGAGCUCAAAUAUUGAACAAUCUUCAGGAAAUUUUGAAUUAGUAAAGGAGCUAGUUGCUGCUCAGCUGAAGAAGGAGGGUAUUCAGCUGUGGUUGGAGCCUUAUACGGAAGAAAUAACGGGCGAAGUUGGACAAUUUCCUUUGGAUCUUGUCGAAAGAUAUUCAUCUCUGUUUCAAAUCUCAGCCGAUGUCGUUGCCAGCACUCUUGAGAACCUCAGGGAAAACGCGGUGCGAAAACUUGCCGCAAAUAGAAAGUUUAAAGCCAGCGGUGUUGCAACAAUCAAACUGAAGUUGAUAGGAAAAUCAAGUGGUAGCACGCGUGAUUCAACACUUGAGACUGGCUUGAAUGUCGAUCGACAAACAUUAUAUCGGAAAGUUAGUGAGAAGUUUGGCUUGCCAGAAAAUCAUGGUGAUGUCAGGUUGAUUUGCAAUGGAAAACUGCUCGCCGAUGGAAUGUCGCUCGAGGACCAAGGUGUUCGUAACAAUAGCGUCGUCAUGGUGAUGAUCAGUUCUGAGAAAAAGGGAAAAAGAUCGCAGCAAGAAGUUGAAUCAAGUUCAGUUUCAAGAACGAGACACGCCGCGAGUGUUCUGGCUAAUAAAAAGCGAGGUGGCGAAGGACCUUUUGAGGAUUACUUCUUUGAAAUUAGCGAUCAAAAUGGAAAGCCGCUAACGUUACCUGAUGCAGAACGGAAGUCGUUGGUUCUUGCAAUGACUUUACACGAACAAGGUCGAAGGGUUGCAGAAAAGAGACAAUAUGCCGAGGCUUUGCCAUUACUGCUGGGAGCUGAUGAAGAAUUUAGGCAAUGCCGUUCUGAAGUGUUGAACGCCGUUGAUAACUAUGCAAUUUUGUGCCUGGAUAUUGUCUGGUGUUAUUUGCAGUUGAAGAGCAUCAAAGACCUUCCUAAUGCUGAGGAGAUGCUGAAGAAUUGCGAGGCCUGUUUGAAAAAGAGCUACGGAGAAAAUUUGGAACGACUUAUUUCAUUGACGGGCAGUUCAACCAAGGAGAAAGUUCUGUAUGUUCGUCUUAAUCUUCUCCAAGCGAUUUGCGCCUUUCACAAAGCAGAAACAACACGAGCAUCCCACCUUCUUAAUAAGGUAGAAAAAGAAAUUGACAGCCUUAAAGUGGAUGACGCAACUUUGUCGCAAAUGAUUUCUAUGGGAUUUGGUGCUUCUGAGUCGAGACUAGCAUUGAGAUCUUGCAAUGGGGAUAUAACGAUGGCCGUUGGAUAUAUAUCAAGAAAACGCGAGGAAAACGAAAAACAGUUAAAAGAAAGAAGAGAGAAAAGAAAGCAGCAAAAAUUUGCCAGGAAACUGGGGAAAACUGCAAAAGGGGAAUGGGUCAGCGUUGAUAUUUACAAUAAUUUACGUGAAAUGGGAUACCCUCAUCACAUCGCAAAAGAAGCUCUUUGUCAGGCAAACAAUGACAUGGACGCCGCUCUUCAGAUGCUAAACGAAAGUCCUGAACUGCUACGGUUCGCUUCUCGUGGAAGCUCUCUAGAAGUCUCAGAUGACUUAAUAGUCCAGGUUACGUCGAUGGGCUUCGAUGUGGAUAUUUCACGGUCGGUGUUAAAACACUAUGGAGACGUUACUAAAGCCAUUGAACGAUUGUUGGAAACAGGCGGAUCACUCCCCCCUGAAUGCCAACAAACAGACACUACAGUUCAACACCCUUCAAAUCUUGAUGGGCCAAGUCACUCAAUGUCGGACAGUGAUGAUGACUCAGAAGAAAUUCAAAAUGCUCUGAAAGAAGUCAGCCAGGCUUUUAAGGCCGAAAGCGAAGAAUCUCAUUUGGAUCUUACUUUGGAAGAAGAGGCCAGUUUCCUUAGCGAAUAUAGAGCAAUGAUCCUGACGAGAUCUCAAAUGGAAAAGCGAUUAUGAUGGUCUAUUGAUAGCAAAUGGAAUCGUCUAGGCCAGCCGUUAUGAGGUUGAAGGCCCUGUUACACGAUGCAAUGUUUUGCAACUUGCAAUCCAAUUCCACUUUUGAGAGAUGUAAAUUUGGCAACUACGAAACUCUUGUGCUUUCUAUAAUGCACCGAUGUUUUCUUGUACAUACAUUUCGAAAACUGUCCACUAAUUUCUAUCGUGUGCGGAUGGUUUUCGUAAGAAAUUCGGCUCAAGUGGCAAGUUUCUCUCGCGAGGUCUCAACUGAUAGCUCUCGUGUGCAGGGUGUCCAGAUUUUGUAAUUUUUAUACUGGGUUCGGUCGAAUGCACAUAAAACAGCCCCACCUGAUAUUAAUAGUUACCAAAAUUAUUCCUGGAAGGGGCAAAUUAACAAGAUUUGAGCAGCUUUGAUUAUAAAAUAUUCAUACAUGGUCGCCGCACACGACUCGUGUGACCAUGUGCUUUUUAUAAUGCACCGAUGUUUUCUUGUACAUACAUUUCGAAACUGUCUAUUACUUUCUAUCGUGUGCGGAUGGUUUUCGUGAGAAAGCCCGCGUCGGGCUUUCUUUAUACGUCGCGGUUUGGUCGAGUCGAAAGCAAUUCCAACAAUGGACAGAAAGCUUAAUGUUGUUUAUCAUCUCAUCUAUUGUUAUAUUGCAUUCGACGCGACCAAAAUGCGACGUAUAACCUGGGCCUAAAUAUUGCUAUGGGAUACCGAGUUUGUAGAUUUUAUGAAUAAACAAGACGCCUGUUCUGGCGUUAACUCCGGCGCUCGUGCCAGUCUUUAA